AUGACCCGUCCAACCCCCGACUUCGACUUCCAAGCUGCUCUCGCGACGGCUGCACUGCCACCGGACCAUCCUCACGCGAGGAAGAGCAAAUUGCCGACGCCAGUGAGGGAUGAUGAGGCGGGGCGUUCGACGCGAUCCCUCACGAGACGGAAGAGUUUCAUACAGAAAUUGAAGGCGAAGAUUAGUCGCAAGGACUUGAGGAGUGCGGCGGAGUACGAUGAGGAUGCAAAGUCGAUUCCGAACUCCAAAUUCCUCCGCGAAAUCAGACGAGAAACCAGCAGCCUCUACUCCCACAAUCCCUCCACCGACAGCCUCACCGCGUACCGACCCAUUACACCCAUCCUACCAACGACACCCACCAGGCGACGCAGCCACAAACGCUCCCCCUCCACCACAAACAUCGCCUACACGCCCAUCCAAGCGACCACGCCCACCAGGACCUUCAGCCACAAGCGUACCCAUAACGCCUACACCUCCACCAAACCAUCAAGCAUCCAGCCGCUCAGCCUCAGGCGCUCCGUCUCCGCUCAUGUCCAUCCAUCAGCAACCCUCGACGGCUCUUCCGCCCCUCCAAUCCCGCCUCUCAAGCCGACGAGAGUUCGGAGACAAGCUCUCCUCCCAACGAACGGCGAUGACCAACUCAUGGCCCUCGCGAUCGAGAAGCAUGAACGUCAAAAAGCGCUGUUUCGUUCGGCUUCGAAACAUGGCAUUGCUACGGGCGGUACGACUCCUUCUCCUUCUCAGCGGCCCAGGGCUUCGACAGUCGGGACAAUGGGUACUGCGUCGUCUUUCAAGUCUGGAAUCGCGCCUGGUGAAUUUGGGCAGUCGAAAGGAGAUGUCGAUGUCUCAGCGGAAACAGGAGGAGAGGAAGAGAAGAGGUCUAGCAAGAUCUUCUCCGACUCCCAAACUUGGACGGUGUUCGCUUCGCACACGAGAGGAGAGAGGUGUGGCAGCGCCGGGAAGAAGGACGCUAUGAGCGCCAGGGACUUUGCUGUAGAGGCGGCGAGGAAGAUGGAGGCUGGCACAAGGGAGACUAGUGUCGGUGGACGCAGGGUGCGGUCAGGUACAGCACCUCAGGGCGAGGUGUUCGGACCGCAACUCCCACCUGAAAGCGCCAAGAACAGAGCAGCAGAAGGUGAAGAAGAACCACCCCGCACAGCAAAACUCCCAGCUUUCCUCUUCCCCCUUCAAAAACGCCGCUCAGUGAGCAGCAAACACCCAGCACACACGCAUUCCAAGUCGAAGUCCACCACCGACGCGGAUAUCGGCUUCGACACAAAGACAAAAUCGGCCGUUGCUCCCACCGAAGCUCAAACCACCGCCGGUGCAACAGGAAUAGGGAAAUUUCUAAAAGAAGUCGACGAACGACUUGACAAAGAGGAAGAAGAAAGAACGGACUCAGCCUGGGGCGUCGGAGUCGAUUUGAGUACGAUUGGAGGCGAAAUCGGAAGCUGGAGCGGGAGGGGUGGGAGUGUGUUUGAGGUCAAGAGGCCCGGGACGGGGGAGAGUGGGGUUUUUGGAUGGGGUGGGUUGAGGGGGUUGGUGAAGAGGAGUGAGGAUGAUAGUGGGGAUGAUGGGGAUGAGGAGGAUGAGGAGGAGGAUGAGCCGCCGGGCGUGGCGGAGGCGGUGGAGUUUGGGGUUGGGGAGGUGAAGCAUGUGGGAGUGGGAUUGGGGCAGUUGGAUGGUGCGGAGGAGGAGGAGGAGGAGAGGGGUUUGUCGUUGGGAGUGAGGAAGGAGAGGGGGAAGGAGAGGGGGGCGGAGUAUCAUGCUAGAUAG